CCCCCCCCUGCCCAUCUCUUACUUGCGUUUUGGGGCCAGCGUCGGUGUGGAGUGGGUGCUGUUGUGUUUCUCAGGGAGCCGCUGUAGCUCGCAUUUGUGACUGUGUGACUGUGUGAUUGUGUAAUUGUGUGAUUUGUGUGUGUGUGUGUUCGUGUGUGUCCGCGCGCGCGUGCGCGUGCAUUACCCCUAGUCCCCCGGCGCGGCCGGGAUGCUCUGCUCCUGCUGCUGGUGCUCAUCAUGGAGACCAAACGAGUCGAGAUUCCCAGCAGCGUACUGGACGAUCUCUGCAGCCGAUUUAUUUUGCAUAUUCCCAGUGAGGAAAGAGACAACGCUAUCCGAGUGUGCUUUCAGAUUGAACUUGCCCAUUGGUUUUACUUGGAUUUCUACAUGCAGAACACACCAGGAUUACCUCAGUGUGGGAUAAGAGACUUUGCUAAAGCUGUUUUCAGUCAUUGUCCUUUUUUACUGCCUCAAGGUGAAGAUGUGCAGAAAGUUUUAGAUGAAUGGAAAGAAUAUAAAAUGGGAGUACCGACAUAUGGUGCAAUUAUUCUUGAUGAAACACUUGAAAAUGUAUUAUUGGUUCAGGGUUAUCUAGCAAAAUCAGGCUGGGGAUUUCCAAAGGGAAAAGUAAAUAAAGAAGAGGCUCCACAUGACUGUGCUGCAAGAGAGGUCUUUGAAGAAACUGGUUUUGAUAUCAGAGAUUACAUUUGCAAGGAUGAUUACAUUGAACUGAGAAUCAAUGACCAACUAGCUCGUUUGUACAUCAUCCCAGGAAUUCCAAAGGAUACAAAAUUCAAUCCAAAAACCAGAAGAGAGAUUCGGAAUAUUGAUUGGUUCUCAAUUGAGAAAUUACCCUGUCAUAGAAAUGACAUGACCCCAAAGUCAAAACUUGGUUUGGCACCUAACAAAUUCUUCAUGGCCAUUCCGUUUAUCAAACCACUAAGGGACUGGAUUUCUCGAAGGUUUGGGGAUUCUUCAGACAGUGAUAAUGGGUUUUCAUCAGCUAGUGGGACACCAGCUAAACCUAAUGUGGAGAAAAUGAGUAGAUCUAAAUUUCGCUACAACCAGCAGUUGUUUCCAGAUAGUUCUCCAGGUGACCAGUGGGUGAAGCAUAGGCAAUCACAGCAACAGAAGCCAUUUAAUAAUCAUUCUGACAUAUCUGAUCUUUUGAAAACAAAGCAGAAUCAGAAUAUGAGAGGAAAUGGCAGAAAACAGUAUCAAGACUCCCCUAACCAAAAGAAGAGAACAAAUGUAGUUCACAGUCAGCAGCCUAAGCAGCAGAACCACACAUUGAAAUGUGAAAAAAAACUUCAUAUAAGGAAACUACAGGAUAAUUUUGAAACAGAUGCAGUAUAUGACUUUUCUUGCUCCAGUGAAGAUCAGCUACUAGACCAGGUGGAGGGGCAUUCUGUAGCAUGCAAUGGACACUGCAAGUUCAUGUUUUCGUCAAGAGCUUUUUUGAGCUUCAAGUUUGAUCACAAUGCCAUAAUGAAGAACUUUGAUCUUUGAGAGAGACAAGAGUGUUUAGGAAGCCCUAGGAUCAAAGAGAUCUGUUGCCAUUGAAUGCUUGUCUAAUUAAGCCUUACCUUUCUCAGGUGACCAAAAAAUACAGGGAGGCAAUGAUGUUCCUGAAGAGAUUAUUCUCUUUGCAGAAGAAUGCUGUAAAAAUAACUUGCAUUGUAAAUGCAGUAUGGCUUUUAUACAUAAACUUACCUUUUCAGUGUUCAGCUCACUAGCUCAGCAUUUUGCUUUUGAGGGCAUUCUUUCUUUGUGACUAAGGUGUUUUGUGUUCUGGGUUAAGAGAAAGUUUUAUGCUUAGGCAGAUGGCCGAAUUGGAAGGGAAUACCCCCCUUUUCUUUCUGGGGAGGGAUUACGAGAGAGUCAUAUAGACUCUGUCCAGUGAUUAAUGAUCUGUGAUCAAGAUUGGUAAAGUGAUACCAAAUUGAAGAUCUCAUCAUCUGCUUUAGGGAUAUUUCAUAAAACUUUUCUGCCUCCAAGGGCUUGGGCUAUUGAAAGUCUUAAAAAGGAUUUGUGUUGACACAUUAUUGGAGCUUGAUAUCUAUGCUCAUAAUGAACUCCUGGCUCCUUUUUCACAAAUCUUUAUAAUGCCAUAGUUUGCACUUCAAGAUUUUAUACUUAGAAAAUACUAGUUGCAAAGUUCAGUCCAGCUUUCUCUUUCCAUAAAGACAAAUAAUCUUUACAAAAGAGGAAUAGAAUUUAUGAAGAGUAGCAGAACUAAAGAUUUAACUUCUGUACUGCAUGUAGCUGAGCUUUUUGAGGCUUGUGGAGUGAAAGUUGAAGGUCUUGGCACAGGUGCUGCUUUUGUCUCAUCCUCAUCUUAAUUCUGACUUUUUACUCUAGUAUGUACUUUAGUUUUUUCUUUUAUAUGAUUUUUUUUUCUAAAAGAUAAUAUGUAUAUGUACAAAACCAAUAUUAUUGAAUUUUAUGUAAGGGUUACAUCUCAGGGUAGCUGUAUGGAAAUUGGCGUUCCAUUUUCUAAUGGUAGUAGUGUGAUCUAGAGUUACAAAAUUAGGCAUACUACAGCCCCUGAAUAAUAGAAUGAGAGGAG